UUAAUAAGAAUAUUUUUUUUUUCGAGACAGAUAGCGGAAAAUAUAACAAAGCAGGGAAAAAGAUUACCUGUACGUUCCAUAAACAGAAUUCCGGCGACAAGCAAUUUCAUCUAUGAAUUUAAUCCGUUUGUCCAUAUUGAACAAUCACGUCCGACAAUAUCUCAGACUAUUUUGUGGCAUAAAAAUAAUUCUGCGCAAACGUUGCCUCACUCUAAAACAGAUUUUAAACUGAGGUCAUCUGCUGCCUUACCGGAAUUGAAGUCUCAUAUCAAUUUCGUGACACAUGAUCCAGAUUUGAAUGUAACAAAUUCUUCUCCAACGAAAAAUACUUGCCUUCCAAUACUUGGUAGGGAGAAUCUGAGGAUACUAAACACACAAGUUGACAAUGAAUUCGAGCAAGACAUAGAUCGCGAAGUGGAGAAAAUAAAGUCUGCGUGGCAAGCGUCACAAAAAGAAAAGGAUUGGACGAAGGGUAAAGCUCGCAUUGACAAUAUCCAAACGAAAAAACUGUACGAGAUACUAGAGAAGAUGACGUGCGAGAUAGACAGAGUUCAAAGAAGUUACAUGGAUCCCAAGGCGAAUCGCUACUUACACAAAAGCGCGAAUAAUGUUCUCAAACCGAGCAAGCCAAGUUUACAGGAAAAAGCUGAAAUUAUAAGAAACUUAAUCUUUCCUGACAGAAAAGCGAGAACUAAAUCAACAUUUUCUAUUCUGAGAAACGAAGAUAGUAAAACAAUUGAUAAAGAUAUGGCAAGGAUACGAUUCGAUGAAGGUGUGGAAAAUAUUUCAACGGAUAAACAACUAAAUAAGAAUUUCCUAUCGAACUACGCUGCGAAAAAGCAGUCUAUACAUACUGAAGCACACAAGUACGACAUCCCCGAUGAUAAAAGAUCAAUCCAUACAAUUGCAUUAAAUAAGAAACAAGAUACAGCUGUUACAGAUAUAAUGAAGCCAAAAUUUACAAAUGAAAAUAAAAUAAGAACGAAGAUAAGAUCUUCCAUCGAGGAGUAUCUACAACAUCACAUUGAUAAUAUUCAUACAUCAUAUGGCAUCGAAGAGAAAAAGGAAGAAUAUUCUCGAAUUGUAAAACUACCAUCUGUAAGGGAUAUUGAAAAUAUUCUAGCGAAUCAUAAUAUUGGACCGCAUAUGUUGUAUGAAAAUUUCGAAAGACACAGCGAUGAUUACGAUUCGGAAAAUUAUGCAAGCGAAGAUGAUGAAUAUCGCUCUUACUCGAAUACUGCAACUAACACAACACAAGUGAUACCCGUCGAUACUACUCAAGAGAAUAGAAGAAUUCAUGAUAUGUCCCUCGAGAAUACGGAAUUAUAUAAUGAUACACGAUCGACGAAAGCGGUCGAUACGAAAUCUUUCAAUAUUCGGAGACACUCGAGCGCAACAAAUUUCCAAGAUAACAGCUUCAUUAAAAUGGGAUUAAACAAAAAUUUAUCGAGAGACACGCUGUCGCAAAUAUUGCAGUCGGAAUACUUGAGAAAGGACUUAUCUUUAUAAUAUCUGCUGUAUGUGGACUUAUCUUUAUAAU